ACUGUGCACUUCUCUUGUCAUCGCGACACCGCGACCAACGUAGCGCGUCAAGAAAAUACGGCAGGAGCGCCGGAGAAUGCCAUCAUAAUGCACACCGACCUCCUCGACACAGUUCUCGUCAGCCAGAACGCGUCUGCUCUCGUGGGCGAUAGCGGCUCCAUAGCAACCGCCAGCAUGAAGGAGCCAAAGCCCGACACAGCCGCAGCUGGGGCAGCAGAAGAGCGAUGUCCCGUCGACCACAAGACUCGCGAGAUGUGGUUGCAACAGGCACGCGCCACAUCCGCAGCGGCAGAGCAGAGCGGGAAGCUUCAGACGCCGCCAGCGGCAGCGACAGCAACAGCAACAGCAACAGCAACAGCGGCAGCAGGGCCCUUACCCACCACACCCAACACUGCGCAGCCCCCUACGUCGACCUGGUCGUCCUGGCUGCGGUCUCCUUUCGGCACGCAGCAGCGAAACCCCGAACCUACCACCACCACGGCAACCCCUACACAGACCUUGCGGGCCGCCCGACCGAAUGCGCCUCUACCGCUCGGCGAAGACCGCGAAGUGUCGAGCAUCCCGCGUUCGUCGACGCCCGGCCCGUCGUCGUGCCCGUCCAACCACGAGCAGGAGACGGGCGCGUCGGUCAGCGGCAACUGGGUGUACCCGUCAGAGAAGAUGUUCUUUGACGCCAUGAAGCGCAAGGGCUACGGGGCGUCGGCAGCGGCGGACAUGAAGACGGUGGUUCCGAUCCACAACGCCGUCAACGAGCGGGCGUGGGGCGAGAUUCUGCGGUGGGAGGCGCCGUACGUGGCCGGGCCCGCUGGCGGCAGCAGCACGUGCGGCGGCCCGCGGCUGCACAGCUUCGCCGGGCUCAGCGAGAGGAUGAGCCCGCGCGCCCGCCUCAACACCCUGCUGGGCUACACGGCGCCCUUUGACCGGCACGACUGGGUCGUCGACCGGUGCGGCACCAGAGUGGAAUACAUCAUCGACUUUUACGCGGGGCGGAACGACGCGUCCGGGCCGGGCAAGCUCAACUUUUACCUGGACGUCCGCCCAAAGCUCAAUACCUGGGAAGGCGUCAAGAUGAGGGCCCUGCGGGCGACGGGGCUGGCGUGAGCCCAUGCGUGCCAGGAUCUCGAUGGCAGUUCUGUGCCCAUUAUGGCUUUGUAUUAAUAUAACCUGUUUACAACACUAUGUAUAAUCCACUCUUACCGUCGGCGGAAACACGGCCGAACCAUCUUUUGUGAGCGGCGUUUAGGAAGGCGUGGGUUAACACGGGGGACGUGAGGGGAGGGUGGGAGGAUCCCCCCAAAAGUAUCAUGGCUUAGAGAAUUAGAUAAAACCAAAA